UUGCCAUCUCAUCGACUCAUAGAGUCCAGGCCAAGCCCCUCGAUCGCAGGUACGGAUAAGUGGGCUGCGAUGGUGCUGACAGCCGAUGCCGUCUUCCCGUCGCGCAUCAUGCCGUAAGCCCCAGUCAAGCCAACGCUGAGGAUUAUUUUGGAUUCCUACUAGAUGGCAUGCUGCUUUUGAGAUAUCAAAGCAAAUCAGCUGGAUCGGACUGAUGCAACAUCCCAAUCAUCCACAGUCAAAAACUCGAAUUGCGAGGUGCAUUGUGUUCUGGUACCGAACCCCGCUGCCCCUUCAUCGUCAGCAUUCCCACUCACCCAAUGUUUGGGAGACAUGCGCCGACGUGGAGGAUUACCCGUCGAGCCAUUCACACGCUUCUGCUCAACGCGAGCUCGCUGCACCACUCCUUUGAUAUCUCUGCAGGCUCGAGGCAGCAAAAUUCUAUUGUUAGGGCAUGCAAGUUGUUCGAGACGAUACGACCGUGCCACUCGUUCCACCGGCUCCGGCUCUUGUUCGCCCCCUCGCGUUUCACGACUCGUGAUUGCUCGGCCGGCUUUCUCCCACUUGUCGGCGACAAACCCCCUGCACCUUAUGUGGUCCCUCUUAAAGCUCAUAAUGCCUACACAGUAGUCGUCAAGUCCAUCUUCAUCAAUCUACCAGCCAAGCGCGUUUGAGUCGCUCUCCAUGAUGAGUGGAGGGUCUCGCGGCCGAGCUUACACUACUACUGCCCCAUGCAUCGAUCGAGUCGGGCCGGGGGCAUCACCAAAUGAGAACAGCAAUUCUAACAGGCACACUACUGGAUUUGCAACUAGUGCAGAAUACCUACCCGCAGUGCUAAUCUCGGAUCUCAAGUCCCUGCCCUGUCAACCUCCCUUGUUUUCCCGAGCGCUCAGACAAUACUGGUGUUUCUAGAGCUCUUUGAUGACAUGUUCUGUCCAGGGCUCCCAGGCACAGGUCCACCAGUGACAUCCCCUCAUGCCCUCUCUACUAAGAUGUUCGGCGAGCCCGGCAGCUGAGCCCCGUCCGGCGCUACAGUACACGGAGACCAGGGACCGGAU